GACCAAGAAUGGUUUAUGUAAAUGCUCAGUUUUAAUUAUAUCGGGAGGGCGGCCCUGCUCGCCGCCCAAUAAAAAUGGUCCGAAGAAGCUGACACCUGGCUAUAAACACAGGAGGGAAUCCAGGGUCCCAACCAGGCGAAAUCACUCACAUACACACAAACACACACAUACACGCACACACGCACACACACACAGACACGGAGUGACACGGACAGAGGCAGGUUUGUUUGAGGAAGAGCGGCUCCCCUGGCGGCGCGAUGACUUCCAGUAAGAUCGAGCUCCCCGGCGAGCUCAAGACGGACCCCGCGGCGCUCAUGGCGUCGCUCCACCUGAUGCCCUCGCCGGAGCCCGACCCGGAGAUCAAGCACACGAAGAUUUUCAUUAACAAUGAAUGGCAGAACUCAGUGAGUGGAAAGGUCUUCCCUGUCUACAACCCUUCCAAUGGGGAGAAGAUCUGUGAAGUUCAAGAGGCUGACAAAGCUGAUGUGGACAAGGCCGUACAAGCAGCCCGCUUGGCUUUUUCCUUGGGCUCUGUGUGGCGGACGAUGGAUGCCUCUGAGCGCGGCAGACUGCUCUCCAGACUGGCUGACCUCGUCGAGCGGGACAGGACAUAUCUGGCGACACUGGAGUCCUUGGACAGUGGGAAGCCUUUUCUCUCUGCCUUCUAUGUGGACCUUCUAGGAACAAUAAAGACCCUGAGAUACUUUGCUGGAUGGGCGGACAAAAUCCAUGGCAUAACCAUUCCGAUGGAUGGGGAUUAUUUUUCAUUCACCAGGAAUGAGCCCAUAGGAGUGUGUGGACAGAUCAUCCCAUGGAACUUCCCGCUGCUAAUGACGGCCUGGAAGCUGGCCCCUGCACUCUGCUGUGGGAACACGGUGGUCCUCAAGCCUGCGGAGCAGACCCCACUCAGCUGUCUCUACAUGGGAUCGCUCAUCAAGGAGGCUGGGUUUCCACCGGGAGUUGUCAAUAUUUUACCAGGAUUUGGGCCAACAGCGGGAGCAGCGAUAGCGUCUCACAUGGGCAUAGACAAAGUGGCGUUCACAGGAUCAACUGAGGUUGGCAAACUGAUCCAAGAAGCAGCUGGAAGGAGUAAUCUGAAGAGGGUGACGCUGGAGCUUGGAGGAAAGAACCCCAACAUCAUUUUUGCAGAUGCAGAUUUGGACAUAGCUGUGGAGCAGGCUCACCAGGGCGUCUUCUUCAACAAUGGCCAGUGCUGCACCUCAGGGUCCCGGGUGUAUGUAGAAGAGCCCAUCUAUGAGGAGUUUGUGCGCCGCAGCGUGGAGAGGACCAAGAGAAGAGUUGUUGGGAGCCCAUUUGAUCCCACGACUGAGCAGGGUCCACAGAUCAGUAAGGAGCAGCAGAACCGUGUCUUAGAAUUUAUCCAGAGCGGAAUCAAUGAGGGAGCCCGGCUGGAAUGUGGAGGCAAGGCCCUGGGGUUGAAGGGUUUCUUCAUAGAGCCCACUAUCUUCUCCAACGUCAGCGAUGACAUGCGUAUUGCCAAGGAAGAGAUCUUUGGACCAGUACAGCAAAUCAUGAAGUUUAAGACCAUCGAGGAGGUGAUUGAGAGAGCCAACAACUCGGACUACGGUUUAACAGCAGGCGUGUUCACCAAGGAUAUUAACAAGGCCAUGACCGUGUCUACAGCAAUGCAGGCCGGCACCGUUUGGAUAAACUGUUAUAAUGCUCUGAGCUCCCAGUGUCCUUUUGGAGGAUUCAAGAUGUCUGGAAAUGGCCGGGAAAUGGGUGAGUAUGGACUAAGGGAGUACUCUGAGACCAAGACGAUUACAGUGAAACUGCUGGAGAAGAACUCAUAGGUUUUGCAUCUGGCUGGCGGGGGGAUCCAGGCACGUGGACUGCGGGCUGCCUUCCCAUCCGUCUUCCACUGUACCUGUACUAAAGCACUCGGAUAGGAGCUGCAUAAGGUUUUAUUAUUGACCAAUGCCAAUGUGCUCAGCCGUUGGCAUAGUGAUACCUCACUCCCACUGCCUCCUUGCCCCUUGCUGGAAACUCAUUGUAAGCCAUGGUGGGGAGGUAGGGCUGUGGAGUGGGGUCUUCAAACCAUGCACAUCAUCAAAACCUCAUCAGCAUCAUUGCCUUCUAAGAC